UUAUUGGAAGGUAUCCAUCUGGUGGCGAGCGCAGAAAGCAGCAACUCCACACCUGCCCCUAACGAAUGGCUACCCCACAUUCAAGAUACCUGUCUUAUGUAUCGUCGUUUAGAUCCGUAAUUUCUUAUCAAUUUCCGGGUUCUGUCAGUGGCAAAUUAUAUAUAUAUAUAUAUUUGGUUAAUGAAUUGCUAUUUGCUUUCUAUUUCAUUUCUUACAUAUUUUAUGAAAGAUGACUGAAAAAGGAAAAAUUAUACUCGUAACUGGUGGAACAGGGCUAGUUGGUAAAGGUAUUCAAAAUAUUAUUGGAACUGAUAAAAAAGAAAAUGAAAAGUGGAUAUUUACAAGCUCCAAAGAUGCGGACUUAUGUGACAAGAAAAGCACAGAGAAAUUAUUUGAAAAACACAAACCUACUCAUGUUAUUCACUUGGCUGCCAUGGUCGGUGGCUUGUUUCACAAUAUGACACAUAAUCUGGACUUCCUGAGGAAUAAUAUUCGCAUGAACGAUAAUGUAUUACAAACGGCUCAUGAGAAUGGAGUUGUUAAAGUUGUCUCGUGUUUGUCGACUUGUAUAUUUCCUGACAAGACUACAUAUCCUAUCGACGAAACCAUGGUUCACAAUGGCCCACCGCAUCCAUCAAAUUAUGGUUACAGUCAUGCCAAGAGACUCAUAGAUGUAUUGAAUAGAGGCUAUUAUGAACAGCAUGGUAGACUUUAUACCAGUAUUAUUCCCUGCAAUGUAUUCGGACCAAAUGAUAAUUACAAUCCGAGUGCUAGUCAUGUUAUACCAGGAUUGAUGAGAAGACUUUACGAUUUAAUUAAAACUGGAAAUACCGAAAACAAGAUAUUUACUGUAUUAGGUUCUGGAAAACCCUUGAGACAAUUUAUUUAUAGCUUAGACUUAGCCAAAUUGAUAAUAUGGGUAUUAAGAGAAUAUGAAUCUGUGGAGCCAAUAAUAUUAUCAGUGGACGAGUCCCAAGAAGUCACAAUAGCGCACGUGGCCGAAGCAAUCGCACAAGCAUUCAAUUUCAAAGGAAAAAUAGAAUAUAAUUUAUCCGCAGCCGAUGGACAAUAUAAGAAGACCGCGAGCAACGCGAAAUUGCGGAAAUAUUUACCAGACUUUGAGUUCACGCCAUUCGACCAAGCCAUUAAAGAAAGCGUCGAUUGGUACAUAGCUAAUUACGACCAAGCCAGGAAUUAAUAAACGCUGCCUAAUUAUAUAUUCCAGUCUUAGCACAUUUACAACGUAUAUAUAUAUACCACUAAGGGUAUUUUAAUGACGUUAAAUUUUAGUGUAAGAUAUUGCGUGUAGGGGUACUUACUCGAUUGUAUGAUCAUCUGUUGGGAGAUUGGGACUGAGUUAUAAUAAUAUCCCUUCGUUCGUGAUAUUGUACGCUACACAAUUCCAGAAUAAACUCGUAAUUAAGCAUCACCGCUAGAAAUAUUGUAUAUUUUUGGAGUUAAUAUUCUGUAGAUAUCGUGUAUUUACAUGUAAAAUAAAGACUCGUUAUUUUCGAAUAAA